AUUAUCUAGCUAGUUGCAAUUUUUAAUUGUGGUGAUAGAUAAUGAUGUUUACAAUGAUACUAGAUAAAAACAACUAAGCCUAUCCAUAUGAUGUUGCUACAAGGUCUUCAGCUCAUAGUGAUUACAAAGAGAGAGUUGAUUUAAUAUUGUUAAGUCAUGCUGAAAUUGAAAUCUUUAGAGUCAUCAGCUCAGAAAUAUAGUUAUGAUGUAUUUUUGAGUUUUAAUGGUGAAGAUACUCGCAAAACGUUUACGGACCAUCUGUAUACUGCAUUAAUAAAUGAAGGACUAAUCACUUUCAGAGAUGAUGAGGAGGUUGAGAGGGGAGAGAGUAUCAAGUCUGAACUGGAAAAUGGUAUCCAGCAGUCAAGAAGCUGGAUCGUAGUGUUCUCAAAGCACUAUGCAUUUUCGAGUUGGUGCCUUGACGAACUUGUGUUGAUUCUUGAGUGCAGGAACAACUCGAAACGUUUUCUAUUGCCUAUUUUUUACCAUGUUGAUCCGUCUGAUGUUCGCAAACAAUCUGGUUGUAUAGCUGAAGCAAUAGAUCACCAUGAAGAGAAAUUCAAGAGGGAGGUGGAUGAGACAAAAAGGAAGAAUUUGAUGGACAAAAUAAAGAUAUGGAGGACUGCUCUUACUCAGGUUACCAAUUUGGGCGGCAUGCCUUUGCAGAACGUGGCUGAUGGGUACGAAUCAAAAGUUAUCCAGAAAAUAGUUAACGUGGUCAACGAUAAAGUGACAUAUAACACCUUAAGUAUGACACGACAUCCAGUUGGAAUUGGUCGUUCAGUUCGAGAAAUCAGUUUAUGGUUAAGAAAUGGUUCCACCAAUGUGCAAGUGUUUGCACUCUAUGGCGUUGGAGGAGUGGGAAAGACAACCAUUGCCAAAUACGUCUACAACAUGAACUUCCAACUAUUUGAAGCUGCCAGUUUUUUGGAAAACAUAAGAGAAUAUUCUGAACGCUCUGAUGGUUUAGUGUGUCUACAAAGACAACUUCUUUCUAAUAUUUACAAACGCGAGACGCCAACAAUAAAAAAAAUUAAUGAUGGGAUGCUUAAGAUAAAACGUGCUCUUCAUCAUAAAAAGCUUCUCAUAGUCUUGGAUGAUGUGGAUCAAGUUGAACAGCUAGAUGCAGUAUCUGGGAUGCGGGAGUGGUUUUACCAGGGAAGCAAAAUUAUCAUAACCACUCGGAAUGUGCAUUUGUUGAAUGCAUAUGAACAUUGUACGAGAUAUGCUGUAGAAACAUUGGAUUCCGAUGAUUCACUGGAAUUGUUCAGUUGGCAUGCAUUCCAAGACAGUUGCCCCCCAGAAUGUUACAUUGAGCACUCAGAGAGGAUAAUAAAGCAAUGUCAAGGUCUUCCAUUAGCUCUUGAGGUUCUAGGUUCUUCUCUGCGUGGCAAGAAGGUAGAUGUUUGGAGGAGUGCGAUGGAAAAAUUGGAAAUCAUUCCUCACUGUGAAAUCCAGAAGAUUUUGCGGAUCAGUUAUGAUUCUUUGCAAGAUGACCAUGAUAGAGAUCUAUUUCUGGAGAUUGCGUGUUUCUUUAGUGGAGAGGACAAGUCUUUUGUGGCCACGAUACUAGAUGAAUGUGAUUAUUACACAUUAAUCGGAAUUGAAAAUCUUACUGAUAGAUGUUUGUUGAAGACUGAUAAAAAUGGAAAUCUUAAAAUGCAUCAAUCAAUUCAGAGCAUGGGUAGAGAAAUUAUACGUCAGCAAUCACCUAGAGAUCCAGGGCGAAGGAAUAGACUGUGGUAUUGUAAAGACUCCCUUAAAGUAUUGAAGGAGGAAACAGGCACCAGAGCAAUUGAAGGUCUGGCACUAGAAAUGAAUACAACUAAUGCAUAUCAGACAGAGUUAAGAACAAAAGCUUUUUCUGUGAUGCACAAACUAAGACUACUUAAGCUGAAUAAUGUACAACUAAGUGGAGGGUACAAGAACUUUCCUAAAAAUUUGAAAUGGUUAUGUUGGCAUAAAUACCCGUUAAGGUCUUUACCGGGUGACUUUCCUCUGAGCAGCCUAGUUGCAAUUGACAUGCAAAGUAGUAAACUGCAAACCUUUAAUCAAGGAAACAUGCUUCUUGGAUCACUAAAGUUUCUAAAUUUGAGCCACUGUGAUGGCAUUGUUAAAACCCCAGACUUUGCAAAACUCUGUGCUCUUGAGCAAUUGCUCCUUGAAGAUUGUGCAAAUUUAGUUGAGAUUGAUGAAUCUAUUGGAAUGGUCGGAGGACUUGUUUUGAUAAAUUUAAAGGAUUGCAAACUGUUGAAGAAACUUCCAGAAGGUGUGUGCAUGCUAAAGUUACUGGAAACGCUAAACAUAUCAGGUUGUUCAAAUCUUGGUAUUCUUCCUGCGAAGAUGAGAAAGAUGGAAUCCUUGAAAAUUUUUCAUGCUGAUGGGCUUGAUUUUGGCAAUUCCAGACAUACAACAUAUCAAAAUGAUUCAUGGCGAGAAUUCAUCUGGGGUUUGGUAUCAAGGCCAAGUACAAGUCUCUCCUUGACUUCUUUACCAUGCAACUCCAUUACAAGAUUGAGUCUGGUAGAUUGCAAUCUACAAGAUAGUUCGUUUCCUAAGGAUUUCAGAGUCUCAUCCUCGCUUGAAUACUUAAACUUGAGUCAGAACCCAAUCCGCUUUCUACCGGAUUGCUUUAAAGGUCUAGAAGAGAUUAAGUGUCUCGAAUUAAAGAGGUGCAACCAGCUUCAAUCACUUGAAGAAUUACCAGAAAUAGGAAAUGUUUCAUUUGCUGAGUGCCAAUUAUUGGAGAGAGUUACAUGGAAGACUGGCCAGCAUUUUAAACAUUUGCAUUCUCCGUCACACUGUGUGAAAUUACUUGAGAUUGACUUUAUAUUCAAGAUUGCACCACUAGAUGAGAUAGACGCAGAAUUGAUUGACAAUUGUGGUAUUUGUGAUAUGGAAUCUAUGAGAGCCAUCCAGAUUCUAUUAUACAAUGAAUUCACACAUGCCUAUUCAAGAUGCACAAUCCAGGGAAUACACGAAUUUCCACUUUGGUGUAAAUCAUUUAACAUAUUUUACCCGGGGAGCAGUGUUCCAACAUGGUUCACUAGUCAAAGUCACGGGCCUUCAUUAUCCUUUACGGUAUCACAUUCUAAGCUUAGGUACUUGAAUACUUGCAUUGUGUACAAGUUGGGCCCAGGAAGAAGUAGAGAUUUCGACCUGGUAUUCCAUAACAUGACCAAAGAUAAAGUGAUUGUGUAUCAACCAUUCUGUUAUGGCAUCCCUGAAGGUGAUGAAUAUAUGACCUGGAUAUGCCAUUGGAAAUUAGGCAUUCACGAGGUGGGACCUGGAGAUGAGGUCAAGAUUUCAAUAUUUCAUUAUAUUGAUGCCCACAAUUUUGAGGUGAAAGAGAUUGGCGUCUAUCUUGUGUAUGAAGAGGAAGAACAGGAAGGUCUUCAUUUAGCCAAAAGACAAAAAAUCCAACAGACAUGUGAGGAAAUAUCUCAGUAUGUCAUCCCAGCGGAAAGGAAGCCGUCGGCAUAUCAUGGAACGACACAACUUUACUUCGCUAACAUAGACUUUACCACUAUAGAUCGCUGGAUGGAGAGAUAUUUUGGAAAUUAUGUAACAGUCGGAACUGGUGAGACCACGAGUCAUGACAGUGAACUCAACUAAUUAUGUCCUACAUCCUUCAGGCACACGUUAUAUUCAGAAGCUUUUUCAUCAUGCAGAGGAGACGUUAUGAUCUAUGGUCUUAUUUUAUCUGGAAACUCUCAGCUUGUACUCUAUAUCUAUGUAUUUGCAAGUUCUUUCUUUCCCCAUUGUUUUAUAUCAGUAUCAAACUAAGCUCUAGUAUCAGCUGUCUGAAUUGGUGUGUUGUUGCCGAAAAGCAUUCCUGUAUAUGAUCUGCCAUGCUGCCUUUGAUUUCAUAUUUUACUUAUCUAGCUGCGCAAUCAGCCACACUUUCUGCAUGCCUAUGUAUGACUAACUGUACAUUUAUGUUAUAUGUAUAAAACUUAUAUUGAUGCUGGUGAAGUAUUCAGUUCAGUUCAUUAUUCAUGGCAAGUGCCAAGGCGGCAAACCCGGAAAAUGGUAGUCUACUCGCAGAAAAUAGUUGCAGAAAAGAUAGCGGAGCACCUGUUCUUGAAUCCAAAGCUUCUUGGAUCAUUAAAGUUUCUAUAUCUGAGCCACUGCCAUGGUCUUGUGAAAACCCCAGACUUUGCAAAACUUUGUGCUCUUGAGCAAUUGGUCCUUGAAGAUUGUGCAAGUUUGGUUGAAAUCGAUGAAUCUAUUG